ACCGAUCUCUGGGCGCCGCCUUGCUGGCUCCGGGGCUCGCGCCUGCGCAGCUGGGUGGUGAUGGGCGGGCGGCGGGUCUCGGUCCGCUGGCUAAGGCUGCAGGCUGAGGGCCAUGGUGGGUCAGCCUUAGCUCGGCCCGGCCUGGGUCCCGAGCUGGAAGGGGAGGCAGUGAGUGGCGAACCGGGAGCCUGGAUCUAAUCUGGCUGAUUGAGAAGCUGGCAGGAGGUAGGAGCCAUGCGGGGCCAGCGAAGUCUGCUCUUGGGCCCAGCCCGCCUCUGCCUUCGUCUCCUCCUGCUCCUGGGCUACCGGCGUCGAUGCCCACCUCUGCUCAGGGGCCUGGUACAGCGCUGGCGUUAUGGCAAGGUUUGCCUGCGCUCCCUGCUCUACAAUUCCUUUGGGGGCAGUGACACUGCUGUUGAUGCUGCAUUUGAGCCUAUCUACUGGCUGGUGGACAAUGUGAUCCGCUGGUUCGGAGUGGUGUUUGUGGUGCUGGUGAUCGUGCUGACUGGGUCCAUCGUGGCCAUUGCCUAUCUGUGUGUCCUGCCCCUCAUCCUCCGAACCUACUCAGUACCACGGCUCUGCUGGCAUUUCUUCUAUAGUCACUGGAAUCUGAUCCUCAUCGUCUUCCAUUACUACCAGGCCAUCACCACUCCUCCUGGAUACCCACCCCAGGGCAGGAAUGACAUUGCUACUGUCUCCAUCUGUAAGAAGUGCAUUUAUCCCAAGCCAGCCCGAACACACCACUGCAGCAUCUGUAAUAGGUGUGUGCUGAAGAUGGAUCAUCACUGCCCUUGGCUAAACAAUUGUGUGGGCCACUAUAACCAUCGCUACUUCUUCUCUUUCUGCUUUUUCAUGACUCUGGGGUGUGUCUACUGUAGCUAUGGAAGUUGGGACCUUUUCCGGGAGGCUUAUGCUGCCAUCGAGAAAAUGAAACAGCUUGACAAGAACAAACUACAGGCAAUUGCCAACCAGACGUACCACCAGACUCCACCACCUACCUUCUCCUUUCGAGAAAGGAUAACUCACAAGAGUCUUGUCUACCUCUGGUUCCUGUGCAGUUCUGUGGCCCUGGCCCUGGGUGCCCUAACCAUGUGGCAUGCUGUUCUCAUCAGUCGGGGUGAGACGAGCAUUGAAAGGCAUAUCAACAAGAAGGAGAGACGCCGGUUACAAGCCAAGGGCAGGGUAUUUAGGAAUCCUUACAACUACGGCUGCUUGGACAACUGGAAGGUGUUCCUAGGUGUGGAUACAGGAAGGCAUUGGCUGACCCGGGUGCUGUUACCUUCUAGUCACCUGCCCCAUGGGAAUGGGAUGAGCUGGGACCCUCCUCCCUGGGUGACUGCUCACUCAGCCUCUGUGAUGGCCGUGUAAGCCACAACUUGAACACUGUUCGAUGUUUAUUGUCUCAAGAGCUUCCAAGGGCAGCUUUUCCUGGAAUCCAUGACCAUAAAGAGCCAUCAGGCUUGCCUUAGAGUACUACACAGGGACAAUCAAGACCAAUCUUCUGCCACCUCAAAACAAGAUGCAGUGUGGAGAAACUCAAGGACUGAAGUCCCUUUACUCAGGCAAAUAAGUUUUAGCUCCAGACAAGCUCUAGGUCACAGCACUGGGGCUAGACACCAUCUCUUUCACUUUGGGAAAAGAUCCAUCAGGUAUGUUGAAAUUCUGGCUUCUCAAAGGGACAAAGACACGGAGCCUAUUGCCAAGGUCACUGCCAUUUCUCACAUGCUACAGAAGGAGCAAAAAUAAAGGCAUUUGAUUUGUAAAGAUA